AGCCUGGAAGCGUGUGAGAGUUGGCAACCCUUCAGUUAUCCAGCUGAGAUUGAAAUAGUCAUUGAGCCUGCCAUGUUUCCACAGCUGCAGAGUCUCGCAUGGUACCACUUUCCAUUAAACAUGGCCUGGUCUUUGGGAUGUUGCCAUAAAGACACACCCCUCGAAGAGAUGAACGCUGACCUAUUUUUUACCACAGUAUCAGAUGGCUCAAAAGAAAGUUCCACACCGAUUUUGCAGGACAUGUCCUGCUCAAAAACAAACAGCGGAAAGAGGCCAGUUAAAAUUCGUCCACCGAGCCCGAAGACUACCCCAAGGCCAACAGCAGGCCUGUCAUGUGAACCACCAACCAAAUCCAUCAUCCAGAGGCGGACGCAGUCGCUUCCAUCUCCGUCAGAGACAAGGAGGCUUAGUCGCAGAGCCAGCGUCCGGUUUGUGGACUCUUUAGGCUUGGACCUAGAAAGUGUCAAGGUUUUUAAACGCGGGGAGGACCCUUUUGUCCCAGAGCAUGUUCUCUUUCGACUGUUAACGAGCGCAGAGUUAGCCUCAAGUAAGGGGAUGGAGAUUUCCCUACCAUAUUUGAAACCGAUGUUCUCAGUCCAGCCAGGUGACUGUUCAAACUUCACCGAGCGUCUGCGUUGCCAACAAGUAUGUCUAGAGCGGGUAUUGUGCUAUGAGCCUGGCAUUAUAGGGAUAGUUCAAGUUGUAAACUUGGCGUUUGAGAAGGAAGUGAGUGUUCGCUACUCUUUUACAAACUGGAAGAGUUGCUCAGAAACCAAGGCUUACUGGGUUGCAAGCAAAUCCAUUUCAAACGGGCCCUGCUGUGACACUUUUCGAUUUCAUCUACCCGUUCCUCCAUAUAUCCUUCACCCUGGAGCAGUGCUGGAGUUUGCCAUUUGUUAUAAAGUAAUGGGCAUGCAGUUUUGGGAUAACAAUGGUGGGCAGAAUUACAAAUUAACCUGUCAGAGUUAUAACCUGCCUGUGCCGUAGGAAUGUGAAGACAGCGUGAUACACUUUAUCUGAGGACACUGAGAGUUAGAUGAAACCUUUUUUAGAGCACUGUUUCACUUUUAUAUUUUGCUUGCAACCACCAGCAUUUUCACUGUGAUAUACGUUGCUGACUUUCUGAAAGUCUUGAUAUUUCAUUUGUAAAUAAUAACUUGAAGCCGUAUGAAAUAUGAGAUUUUUAACUUUAAGUGACGACUGUUUAACUGGACUGUAGCACUGAGAGUAUUACUGUAUGUUGAUUUGAUAAUGUAAUGUAGAUUUAAAAAGUGCUUUUACUGUAUUUUUUACCUUUCAGGUUUGCACUUACCUAUUGUCACUAUAUGGUACAUUUUCAUAAUACUUGUGGAUAUUGUAAACACAGAUGUUGAUAGAAUAAAUAAGGAUGGGUAAUCCCACUUGCAUUGAAGAACUGAUAAAAACAAACUAUUCAGUCACUUUAUUGCAUCGCAUUGUCCUUCACAUAAUGCCUUCCAAUAAAGCCAUAUGUAGACACAAAUUGCUGUAUGUAAAGUGUUGCAGGGGUGACAGCUUUUUGUAGGCCAAAACUCGGAUGAAUUAUAUUUUUAGCACUUCCGAUUCCAUCGUCCUGAAGU